GCGAUAAACGCCUCUGUAGCUGCGAGCCCACCACUUUAUAUGCGUUCCCGUCGGAGCAAAUAGCUGAGGGAACUUACGCAAUCUUUUAAGAAAUAAGUUGGUGCGGUAAGAACAACAGAAUAGUUGCCAUUUGCAGGACCGGGUCACACGAACGCAGGAGCUCGAGAAUUCAGUUUGCAGAAUGUAGUAGCGGACAAAUGAAAAAGAAAUCACACUGCUGCACGCUGUGAUCCAUUCACCCAGAAUUGCAGGUACCAUCGACAUCAUCGGGAGGCGCAAGUAUGGUGAACAGGGCAGCCUUUCCUCUCCUGUUGCUUGCGGCAGCGGUGGGAGCCCAAAGGCCGUGUGAACAAUAUACUACGACAAUUAAGGCUCUGGAACAGAGCACAUGUAUUCUUAGGAACACAACAAAAUUUGAGGAUGCCUUUGGCGGGUUCAAUGGAACGCGGUGCAGGUCGACCUUGAGAGUCACGAGCAACUGCUCAUGCACGGACGGAAGGGCUGCAGUGACCAAGCGAUACUGUGCGCACAGUAUUUUUUACACGAAAGACGAAAACGCAGUGAACGUUACUCUCGGAUACUGCAAUGAUAAAGGAUACUGCAGCAUCAAAGACAUUGAAGCAUAUUGGGAAGUGGACGUCAAAGCACCAGAGGUGGCAGAACGACUUAAAGCCUACCCCAGACCGCCGUGCGUUGCUCCAAGCAUUAAUGUGUCACCUGAGCUUACUGCAGUGGCUGGUUGCGAGUUCUUCUGUUAUAAAGGGCGUAACAAGGACAUCGAUGACGGAAGGCCAUGCGUGAUGGAGUGGUACUCGGCUAGCGUAACUGGGGAGCCAGUAGUGACACUUACUGGAACUUGCUUCCAAGGAAUAUGCCAUCAUUCUGCAUCGACCUGGCAUACUAUACGUGGCUUGUGUCAUGACAGUGAGCGCUUCAGCAAGUACGGCGAUGUAGUAGAAAGUUGCAAGUAUAGGUGCCCGGACAACUCUAAUCGAAAUCGACCCUACGGACUUACAUGCUUGAUACGCAAGACACGGGUCACAAGCAGAAACGUGGUUGGAAUUUGCAACAAAGGCUCGUGUGCAGACAUUCGUCUGGAUGAUCCGUGUGCAAUGAAGUUUCAUAAUGAAAGAACAGUGCCGCAAAGAGUAUCCAAAAGUUGUCUCUGUCAUGGCACGCCAGUGGCCAAUGGAACUCUGUGUGCGUUGGCAUACUCCUUUGGUUUUGAAGGUUACAUGUUACAAAGAGUAGGAGCCUGCUUUGGAGGCAUAUGUCAAGAACGACCCCCCGAGAGGCCUCCCAAACAAACAUUUAAGAAAAGAGAGUGCAAAGUGGAGGACGUGCAGGUUACGCCAGAGCUCAUUGUGGCUGGUGGCUGCAGGGCAACGUGCAGACGCUAUGAGACCGAAGACCGUCCAAAUGGGACACUGUGUUUCCGUCAUUACACUCGGGACUCAUUCGGUUACUUUCAAAAGGCGAGAACUUACCACAUCGGUGAAUGCGAAGCUGGCAAAUGCCGAUACUCCACAAAUAGCUUCCUCAUUAAGCUUUGAAUCUGGAUCAUUAUGUGGCAUGCGAGCGUAAGCCUGUCGAAAUAAACAUCAGUGACCAAUC